AGCCGAACCACCAGCCGAAAACUCAAAAGAAACGUAAAAACCGUUCCCCAAAAUUAGUUGAUCCUACCUACUCGUAGGUAGGUAGCUUCACGCUUCACAUUGUUUUACACUAAAAACUACACAGCCACAAGCGGCUCAUCCGGUGCACCGACAAAAAUUUAUGAAAAACCCUUCAUCUUGUGGUCCCUACUAGCAGGAAUGCUUUGGGUGCCGUUCUUGGAAGCUGACUCAGCAUCACAACCCGACCAGGAACUUUGACGCUACCAUCCAUCUACCGUGUAUCUUCGCUCCAGCAUACCCAUUCCGCCACACCAUUCCGCGACCAACCCAACCCUAGCAACAAUUUCAACCCAUCACUAGCAAUCCCAAUCGCUCAACCCUGGUCACCAUAGCCUCCAGCUGUUCGAGACGCCAUACCACACCCGCUUUCCUCACUUUAUUCACCCUCUGUCCAGCUCCCCCAAUAUACCACCACCUCAAACCAAAACCCAAACCCAAAAUGUCCCCUCACCUACCCAUCUUCUUCAAACCCUACCCUAGAACACAUUCCUCAACACCACAUCGCCCUCUACCGCAAUAUCCAAAAUGCUUCAUUCCUCCACCAACAAUUACUUAGUGGAAAUACCGAUUUUGAAUAUGCGUUUAUUGAUGCUAGUGUUGUAUGUUAUUUCCCCUUUUAUCUCUCCUUCUUCGCUCCCGUUUCCUCCUUUUAUUCCUUUUUCCCAUCCCUUUCGGCUUCUUCUCUUUUCCCGCUCACGAGCCCUCUACCCUCCAUCAACAAUUUUGAUAGUGGGGCGGUAUAUCACGUGACAAUCGCUGACAUCAAUACAAUUUACAAGGUCAUGUCAAAAUUGCAUAUCUUAGCAGCCUCCUAUAGAGCGAUUAACGAUGCAUUAGAAGGGCGAUUAAAGAGUCGAAAUAUACACUCGGAAAUAGUUUUUUCGUUGAGUAUGAAUAAUAAUGUAUGUUCGCUCUCCUUAUUCCCGCUUAUUUCAUCUCCUAUCCAUCUACUGGGUAUACACAUGCCACAUCAUACCAAAUUAUCAUUUUUGGACUCAUCUCAUAUUGGUUAUGAUUGUGUUAAUAAAUUCCACAACCCCAUCUAACAAUGCCCCCCCAAGAUCGCAGAAUCCUUCCGCCGCUUCGGUAUAACCCCCUCUACAACCUCCCUCCUAGUAGUAAAAGUAGCACCCGCAUCAUCCGCCUCUCAAAUCUCAGAACAUCUCUCUUCAUCCAUCGAAGGAGAAGCCGUUCCGUUCGAAGAUGGAACGUUAAGCAAAAUGACCGAUAUUGCGCGGGUGAAGAAACUGUAUAAGUUGAACGCUAGCGGUGGUGGCGGUGGAAAGAAAGGGGCAGUAAAUGGCGUGAGUGAGAAGAUACAGGAUGAAAGAAAAGAAUUAGAGAUUAUGGUUCUGGGAGCUAUGGCUUUGAGAGGUGCUACUAAUUAGAGCGCUUGCGUGGGAAAAUGAAAUGAAUAGUUAUCUGAUUUUGAACAUUAUCAUGUCCCGGAUAUUGAUCUCAUCAGUGUUCUUUUCCAUGUUUCGCUAUCCCACCCUGUCGUCGCCCAGCAUUCAACAUCAAUUAGCCAGUGGAUUCAUACCCCAACUAGUACUUCAGAACUCG